UGCAUAUUUAUCCCGUGGCUUCCUGAAAAAAUGAGACCUCAACGUAAUGCAGUUUUGCAGGUCAGAUCAAAGGAAAGACGGCUUCAAAACCUAACGAGGACAAAUCAUCGAAUCAUUAGGAACUUUAUAUGUCAGGAUGAUGUUAAAUUCAAGCAAAUAUGGGAAUUGCAAUCAUCAACCUCAACAUUUUAUGAAAGCAACCGACUCUAUGCUGACGGCUAUAGGAAUUGUUAUACUUGGUGUGGUUACAAUGGAAAGCCCUCACCACUCUACAAGCUGCCUCAAUGUCCAGCCAAUGUCAAGAUUGAAGGUGCCCUUGUUUGUGAUGUCCAUCCGGAGGAUGUAUCUGAAGACACUAGACCACAUCUCAUUACUCUCACAAAAGACAAGUGGAUAAAAAGAUGCGAUCUCAACACAGGACGUGUGCUCCAGGCCGUCUACCUCCACCCUCAGCUCAACUACAACUAUCUCGAUUGGAAUGAGGAGGGGUUUUCAUUUGUUGUCGAAACCACAAAAUCACAAACUACCUCAUUAAUGAGAGCAGCAGAUGUCCAAUCCAAUAUUCUUCUCACAAUGGCAGUAUUCACUAUCUAUCCAUUAGAGCUGAAAGCAUGCAUGGAAAUUGAUUUGAGGGUGUUUGGUAGUGACACUACUGGUGCUCAUAUAUACGGAGGUAACAUGCUCUACACAUCUCACAAACGAGGGAUCGUCCGAUUAUACAGCUUUGAGAGAAUACUAGAGGAGCAUCCCAGUAAGCUCAGACUAGGUGAUGACUUUCCAAACGGUGAAGCAGGCGGAUGCAAGAUAGGAGAGGCCCCCCUUGGUAUCCCUAUCACUCUCAAAUUAACAGAGAAACCAGCAGUGUUGUUUGAGGUCCGAUGUUAUGACCAUGAUGUGAAGUUUGGGGGAUUCCCCUGGCAUUUCAUGAUGUCACCUCCAGCGAGUAAUAGGAAGGAUCCUAGAGUGAUCAAGGUCUACAGCCUAGCAAACAAGAAAGAGGCUAUAAAUGGAACAUUAGAACGGAAUAUCGUGGCUGCUGAUCAUGGUAUGCCAACAUCUUUCUUCCAUACUGACGGCUCAGAUCGGAUCAUCAACACUAAGAUGCGUUCAAUGAGUGUAUUGAAAUUGAAGCAGCAUGAAGACGGUCAGAGCGAGUUAGUCCAGGACCAUGUGAUAUCGCCCUGGCCUUACCGCGAUGAUCGUGAGCUGGAGAGAGAAAUGAAGGAAAUGGGUACCACCUUGUCAAGCAGUGGUAGACUCAUCAGACAUAGAAAGAGUUGGUUUGGGGACGAUGAUGAGGAGGCCUCCAUGUAUGUGGCAUUCAGUGAAGAGAUGAUCAAUAACAUGGGCUCUGAAGCGGACCUGGAUAUCUUGUUUGUUUCCAUGGCAACUCAAGCUGAUGAUUUAUGUUCUAAUGUAGGUCAUGUGACUUUCCAUGACAACCCGACUGGACGCCUCCUGAAGACGUUCAGGAUGCCUGGUGACUGGUAUGAGAAUGGAGAACAUCACUUUUCAAUGGACCUGGAUACUCUGAUUCAUAACUACAAGGAGAGAUCAGGCAAAUGGGUCUGCCAGGUUUUCAGAGCUCAACGCAAGCAGGAACGCAAGCAGGAACGCAACGAGACAGCAAAGAGGACGAUCACUAUUCACAGGUCCAAGAAAAGAUAGCAUCUAUUAUGAGAGCUCUUUCAGCUGUGUGUCGUAGAGAUAUCAUAGUCAAGCGGUUUAUACACUUGACUAGAAAUGUGAAGGUCGUGGGUUUGAGCCCCAGCUGGAGUCAUUUGGCAAAACAUAAUCUACAUAUGCCAUACUCCACCAAGGUGUUAAUUGAAUGGGUACUGGAAGGAAGGAAGGAAUUCCUUGAAUACUGUGCACACCCCAAUUGGUAGCCUAGCUACAGCUUAAAGGUAUUACAAAGUUUUGGGAAAUUUUGAAAAAUGGGUGGAUAGUGAUUCUUUAAAAGUUUGAUAUAUU